CUAUUUUAUCUUAAUGAUAAUUAUAAAAUUAUAAAAUUAAUGAAAUCGAGAAAGAGCAAAUAGAGAAAAACAUUUUUGUGAAGGCGAAUAACAUUGAAUUACGAAUUAUUUCUCAAUUCUUAUAUUAUUUCUCAAUUUUACUAUCUAGUUAGAUUUGCUUUAUUUUCUAUGAAAUACAAAUUAUAUAAUAAUGUACAUUUUAAUAUAUUUUAUUGAAUUUUAACAUUAAAAGAGCUAUAACAUAAUAUUAGAAAAUAAUAUUUCCAUAAUCUUACACAUACAAUAUAUGGAUAUACGUAAUAUCUCCUUAUAAAUAUGUGGAUAUACGUAAUAUUUCCUUAUAAAUUUAUUUUAUAAACCCUAACGCCACGAAUAUAUGAAAAGGACGAUAAAAUCUUUUUUCCUCGGCACGACGCGAAAAUGAUCGAUAUUCUUCGAGCGCACAUGUCUGUAUUUUCUCCAAACCGUCCGAUCUGUUGUGCGUUUUGUCAAUUCGCUGGCUACCGUAACGGCUACAACAGUUCUGUAAUCGAUUAUUGGUGGAGUUAUUAUUGGUAUCACGAUUGUACAAUAUUGACAUAUGCCGGUCAGCUCGAGAGUUCAUAACCCGCUCAUCCACCCGCGCCCUUCUCUUCCUGCAUCUGCAGGAUUUACUUUGAUAUCGAGCGCUAUCACCGAUUCUGCUAUCGAAACAAACAAUGUACGAUGAGCGCGUGCCAUUGAAGAGCCUGUUACAUUUAGUUUAAGGCCAGUGCGAAUCAAGACCACAGCUCCAGCGUUUCAAUCACGGGGAAAAACCCCAGUCAAAGGCUGCGGACAAAAAGACCGGUGAGUUUUUCGUUUGCUUUCGAAAUGAGAGCGCCGUGAUCCAUUUAAAUCUGCACUAGAAACCGAGUUUCACUCGGGAAGUUUGCACGUGAGAGUACCGUUUCGAAAAUUCGCCUCGUCCGCAUGUUGCAGAAAGGGAAAAAAGAAGAAAAAAAAGAAAAAAAAACGUUUUUCACUGAUCGUUGGGAUACAUUUUUGGAACUUUCUUGUACGAUUCAAUUGUGCGAGAUUUAGUUUUCUCUGAAUUCCCCUAAUUCGGGACUUGAUAUUCAUCAACUAUUAAAUCGCUCUCUUCGAUUUACACCUAAAUAAUUUAAUUCACCGACGCGUUGUACGCCAGUGAAUUUACCGUUAUCUCUCGUAAAAAAAGCUAUCGUAAAAAAAUCUCGCUUUUAUCGCACUAAAUUAGCCCGGAAGAGGCGUCUCGACUACUUCGGGCAUGCGGCAUCUACUUUUCUACGUGUCACCAUGUGAAUUUAUUAUGAUAGUCGCAACAUAGAACCUUUUCCCUUCAGGAUCUGGCCGUGUUAUCUCGACGCAGAUUAAUUCCCUCACGGAGGACACGCAAUUGUUAUCCACUGUACGACGCAGUGGUCACCUUUUUUGUACGCCACGCGUAACUCGCGCGAUUAGAUGGCUUAGAAAUGGGACACAGAGUCUUCUACAUACAUAUAAAAGGCGGUUUCUUUCUUCGUCUUCGUUAAAACGAUCACGGGAUUUCGAACAUCACGGGAUGAUUCCGAUUAUCGCGCCGCUUUUCGCGCUUCCGUUGCUGUUUCUUGACGUCCACGGAUGGCACAUUGCGUUUCCAAACAACAGCGAGGUUCUCAGCAAUGAUCUUCGCGAGACCACGCUGGAUGGACAGCCGGCUUUCAUAUUUCCAGGGACCAAAUGGUGCGGCAGCGGUAAUAUUGCGAGCGGUCCGGAUGAUCUGGGGAUGUUCGCAAUGACUGAUGCGUGCUGCCGGGAGCACGAUAAUUGCGGGGACAUAAUCGAGGCGACACAGACGAAAUAUGGUCUGACCAAUACGGCUUUUUACACGAGGCUGCAUUGCUCGUGCGACGAGAGGUUCUACGACUGUCUCCAUGGCUCGGAGGAACUCGUUAGCACGAAGGUCGGCUUCCUGUACUUCAGCGUGUUAGACACGAAGUGCUUCCGCGAAGACUACCCCAUCGUUGGCUGCAAACGGCAUUCACUCAUUCCUAGACGCUGUUUGGAGUACGAGCUGGACGAGAGCCAACCGAAGAUGUAUCAGUGGUUCGACGUACCCACGUAUUUCCAAAACGACCACCGGAUGACAACGGCUGGCCAUCAUAUUCGAUCGCUCGAUCCCGAGGCUCCACUUGCGGCCCGAUAGAAGUCUAUUCUGCGAGACCACCGGCCAUCACAGGAAACGACAUGUCGAAUCGCAUAAAUAUCCAGUCCAUGCCACAUCAACGUAGUUAAAUAAACGCCACUAAAACCGC